ACGCCCCCUUUUCUUUCUCUCGCAAAGGACCCCGGCCGCCUCCCACACACACACUUAGUUGCCGACCCCCCCACUCGUGGCCGCUGGUGGCCGCAUGCGCUCGGCUCCGCACUCGAGGCGUGGAGCCACUCGGAACGGCAGCUGGUGAAAUGUGAUCCUUCUCCACUUCUUCUUCUUCUUCUUCUUCCUUUUUUUUUCCUGUCAAAGAUGCCGGACUCGAGCGACAGUGGCUUCCUCUGCUGCGCUUUGCUGCUCUUGCUGCUCGGCUCCGUUUCCGCCCCGCCGUCCUCGUCCUCGUCCUCCUGCCCGCCGGGCUGCGAGUGCUCCGAGGCGGCGCACACGGUCAAGUGCGUGGCCAAGGACCUGCGGGGCGUUCCAGUCGGGCUCCCCGGGUACACCCGGAACCUUUUCAUUACCGGCAACCACAUCGAGCGCAUCGGACCGGACUCUUUCAAGGGCCUCCACAAUGUCACCAACCUUUCCCUCAGCAACAACAACAUUUCCGAGGUGGACUCGCACGCCUUCUCCGGCCUGCCGAGUCUCCGCUCGCUGGACCUGAGCUCCAACCGGCUGGCGGCGGUCCACCCGGAGGCCUUCGCGGUGGCCGACCAAUCGCUACGCCAGCUCAACCUGAGUCGCGCCCUCUCCAACCAGUCGGCCAUGUCGGACGUGGCCGCGGCGCUGCGCCGGAGCGCCCUGACCUCGUUGCGCGGCCUGGACCUGUCGCACAACGGCCUCAUCUACCUGCCGCCGCGUAUUUUCUCCCAGCUGGGCGGACUUCGCCGGCUGCUGCUCGCCAACAACUCCCUGGUGGCCGUGCGCAACGCCACCCUGGCCGGUUUGGGGGCUCUGCGGGAGCUGGACCUGAGGCUCAACUCGCUGAAGAACGUCCCCGAGGAGGGCCUGCGCGAGCUGGACUCGCUGCCGGAGGCCGAGAUCCUCCUGGGGGAGAACCCCUUCACGUGCGUGUGCGGUCUCGAACCUUUCGCCCGCUGGCUAAACCGCUCCCGGGGACGCGUGCGCGACCCCGAGGGGCUGGUCUGCGCCUUCCCCGCCGCCCUGAGAAACGCCUCCCUGCUCUCUGCGGUGGGCGCCGCCGGCAGCCUGGGCUGCCGCCAAGUGGGCGCCGGCGCCCACUUGGCCCUGCAGACCUCCUACGUCUUUCUGGGUCUGGUGCUGGGUCUGGUGGGUCUGGUCUUCCUCUUUGUGCUCUACCUGAACCGCAGGGGGAUCAAGAAGCGCGUGUACGACAUGCGCGAUGCCUGCAGGGAGGUGUGGGACGGCUACCGCUACCGCUUCGAGAUCGACUCGGACCCCCGCCUGUCCCAGGUGUCCUCGGGCGCGGACGCGUAAAACCCGAGCGAGCCCACUGGAACCCGAAACCCGUGGACGAGCGAUGACCCCGCCGCGGGCAUCUACCUGACUCCCCCUUCUCGUCUUGUCUUCCAGCAAGUGCCUCGAGUCCGCACACCCCGGACUGGUUUGCAGGUCAAUAGCAGAGCGCAAAUGGACAAAGCAAACGGAGGUUUGAAAUCGGAUGACUUCGGGGCGGGAGAAGCACGGGGUGCGCCCUACAUUGUGUCGACAUGUAGAUAGUCGGUGCACGUGCGCACAUGUGCACGUGCGUGUCCAUCGAUCUAAUACUGGCAGCAAAUUGGACUUGUUUGCAGCCCUUCGCAUCAGGAAGGAGGAGGAGGAGGAUAAUUCAACACAGGCUGAGCUUCUCCAAUCCACCCCCCACCCUGCCCUCCCCCCUUUUCCCCCCGUGAAGCGUUGCUUUGUUUCUGCGCCUCAACUUUUAUUGUCACAAUGAUGAGAACCAGUCGCGGAGGCCAAAGCGCUUCAAAAGCCAGCCCCACCUUUUUCUGUUGGAGGAACUUUUCUCCCUUUUCUUUCAUGCCAUGAUAAGAUCCAGAUGAUUCCGGAGAACAGCGGCCAGAGUCAUUCAGCGGGAACCACUGAAGUUGACAUUUUACGGGCGUUUGCUUUUUCCUUUCUUUCCUUUUCUUUCACGCACGAAGGCAUAAAUACCUUGUCGUGUAUGUUGGAGUCGAGGCGACAAAAGAUUUCAUUGCCCCUCAUUUUGCUGUGCUUUCGGUUAUUUCGGGGAAAAGCCUCUCCUUUUUUUUUUCAAGCCCAAGAAGAAGCGCGUCCUCCUAUUCACUGCUUCGCGGUUUACCGCACGUGCAAUGCCACAAGAAAACAACGCAAAGCGCCGCUGUCUCGACAAGCCUCAUGGAGUUGAAACAUACGGUGGUUCGACCAAAACGAAAUGGAGAGAGUGACCCUUUUUUUGGGCCCGUGUCGGGAUCUUGAGUUGGAGUCCCAAAUGACCAAUUUUCAAUAUGAUCCCAAUAAAACUGUGAGCUGUGUUGUGCGCGGGCGUGCGCGCACACA